CCAAAGCCAUGGACCUGUCGAGCUGUAACUUCUGCUGUACUUUCAAGCAUAUAGAUCAGUAAUAAAUGGUUCAUUCCCUGCAUGACUACUUGUUGGUGUACUUGGUGAGGAUUCUGAGAGUCGCCUCAGAACAACAAUGGUGUUUUUCACUGUGCCAAAACUUCUGGAUUUUAAGAACUCUCCGCCACACCUUCAGUUCAACAGAUAUGUUUUGACCGGAUAUCGUCCUGUGUCCACCUGCACAGGAUGCUUACGAAGUCUCUUUUAUCUGCACAACGAAUCCGGAAACAUCUACACGCAUGGUAUCCCGUUCAUGUGCUUCCUACUUCUACUGCCUCUCAGCAUUCCCUGGUCCGAAGUGGACGAUCAGUGGCUUUGCAUCAUACACUACAUAGCCUGCCUCUCUCCCACCGUCGGCUCCGUUCUCUAUCAUAUCUUCAUGAAUCAUGAAGGCGGAGUUCGAGUCUAUGACGCCCUGCUCUGCUUUGACAUGUUUGGCGUCUGUCUCGUCAACACUCUGGGUGCUUUGCCAAUCGUCCACAUCACUCUCCUGUGCCAGCCUUUGGCGCGCCGUGCUGCCAUGUUUGGCUACGUGCUCUUCUCAUGCCGUGGUGUCCAUGACGCGCUAACUGCUCAGAGUGGUGCUCGACGUCUGCGAUCGUUCGCCUUCCAAGCCUUGUUCCGGGCUUUCCUCUUUUUCCUGCGCUGGUUCAGGUUUGGCACAGGAAACCCAGAGUCGCUCCAUCUCUACGUCAUCAUGGAUGCGCUGGCGUUGAUGGGUGGCCUGGUCAAUGUGUGGCGCGUACCUGAGCGCUUCAGCCCCGGCACCUUUGACUACUGGUUCAACAGUCACCAGAUCAUGCAUGUAAUCGUUGUUCUGGCCAUAAUGUUCCUGCACUGGGGCACCAUGGAGGAUUUGGCAUGGCUGAAGGACUACCAGUGUGCUGCGAAAUGAACAAAAUAUAAGUGGGUACUCGCUAGGGCUGGAACAAUAUGACACAUACAGUAUAUGCAACAUAUCGUCUUCGGUACAUCAUGAAUCACAUGCAGUGGUGAACCAAAAAAAGUAGUUUGGUGUGUCUGUGAUGUUAAGAAAAAUAAAACUAGGCUGUAUUUGGAGGUGAGAAAGAAUUCAUGUCUGAACCUAAAAUGCUGCCUUAUGAGAUCCCUAAAUUUGUAUGAUUUUUAAAGCAACAAGUCCUACAUAUCCCAUAAUCCAUUAAAAAACAUUGUGUCUACAUUACAUCUACAUUACAUCUACAUUAGUAAUUAUUUUGACUCAACAUUUCAUUUCUUCUGUCUUAGAGAAGCCUUAUAUGCAACAUAUAACCCUCACAGACUUGGUUAGCCAGCUAGCUAACACAAGCUGAUCUGAGUGAGUCUUAUAUUCUAUGUUUAUCUCCAAUUCUAAUGCUAGCUAGUUGGCUAAAAUGAGCUAAUCUGACAGGAUUCUGACAAGAAUUAAUGACAUUAUUCUUCAUUGCCAAUUGCUAGUCAGUUAGCUAACAUGCUAAUUUGACAGCUUGGAUUCAGAGGAAUUUUGAGUUCAUAUUCUAUAAUGUUAAUUAACUUCAUUUCUGCUAGCUGGCUAAACUGAGUAAAUUAGACAGGCUUUGUGAGAUUGUAAAUAUUCAUAAAUGUAAAUAUUCCUGUCUGCUAAUUUCUAACCAGCUAACAUGAGAGGAUUUCUGAGCUGUUUAAUAUUCAUGAACACAGUCCUUCCUCACUGCUAAUUGCUAGCCAGUUAGCUAACAUUAGAUAACUUCUAAUGCUAGCUAACUGAAAGAAAACAGUGAAGAAACACUCCGAAAUGUUUUUUUUACGUCAUCAUUCCUCACUGCUAAUUGCUAGCCAGUUAGCUAACACAGGCUAACUUGACAGGAUUCUGAGUGAAUUUUGAGGUCAUAUUCUAUAAAGUUUAUUAUCUUCUCUUGUAUUAAUAGCUAGUUGGCUAAAAUGAGACUUGUGAGACUUGACAGGCUUUCUGAAAAGAUACGUACUGCCUGUUUAAUAAUCAUGCACAAUAAAUAAAUCUAACAGGACUUCCUUACGUUUUUUCCAAAUGCUGCAUGUUUUAUUUACUGAAAGAAACAUAUCAUAUCAUUUAUUUACAAUCGAAAUGAAAACAAAAGCUACAUUUGCUCAAUUUGGACUUUCCAUUUCUUUCCUUUGAUUAUUAAAGAGUUAAGCAAAGCAGAUGUGUGUUUUUUUUUUUAACCACCUCGAGAAUGAUUGAAGGGGAAAAUGCUGGAUUUUAUUCCCUGUCCGUUUCGAUAACUCCACUGUCGUGUUUUUUCGUGAGAUGAAAGAAAGUCUACGAAUCGCAUACAACAUUUCCAAUCAAAAAAAAAAAAUCCAUGUAGGAUAUUUCAUUAUACUAAUAUGCGAUACCAAUAUACCGAUGUAUCAGUCCACCGCUUGGGAUCAUUUGACCACAUUGGACAUUAAAGGCACGUUUCUUCUAGCUGUUAUAAUGAUGGAAUUGCUACGUUUAAACACAUUAGUGAGGUGUUUAUGGUGUUCAAUUUCAUGUUGGAUCUCCAUCAAUCUUCAUCAGAGCUGCUGUUUUCCUCGGCAUCAGACACGUCGGCGAUGG